AUGAUUACUCCUGCCGCGACGGAUGAUUACAUCGAUGUGAUCGCUACGAACACUAUCAAUCGACAGACAUAUACGAUUGCUGCAAAUCAGUCGUGGCAAGAGACACAGGCCGUAACUUGGGAUACCAACGAGUUUACUCAGACGACUGAUCUGCCAUUCGUUGUGGCUACUUAUACUCUUAUGAUCUACGAUGCAGCCAAGGAACCGACUGCCGUUGCAAGUGCUGGCGCUCUUGGUGGCUUCUCCAACCUGCAGUUUGGUGUCUAUACUCCUCAACCCUAUACUCCUCUGAACGAAUUCAAAUGCGCUACUUGCAGCAGCGGCGCCAUAUCCCUCCACGAGAAGCAAGCGCUAAGCAUUCUGCUCGGAACCUGCACGAUCACAGUCCUCUCCUUUACUUGGUUUGCUUCGGGUGUAUUUCACCUCUUCUAG